AGCAAUCGAAAUCUGUUUCUCUUUUGGUUAUUAUUUUCUUUCAAACGUUUUCAAUUGAAACAAACCACACAGCGCAGAUUCCAGAAUGAACAAAGACAACUCCAGCAUGAACAUGGAUCCCCAGCUGGCCCUGCGCCUGCUGGCGGAUGGCGCAGUCCUGGUCAUAGCCGGCGUACCAGUGGGCACAGAGUUUGGCAUUGAUUUGUGCGCCUACACGAUUGGACCGGAAUUCAGAGGCGUGAAGAUGAUACCGCCUGGCGUCCACUAUGUGUGGUGUGCCUCCCAGGGACUCUAUGGAGAUGCGGCACCGCGUGUCGGAUUUGUACACUUCUUUCAUCCCAACGAGAUUCUUGUGCGCGAGUGGGACAACGACCUGGAGGAGCUUCGACCGCGACAGAUUGCCGAGCCAGAGGUGGAGCGGGAACGUAUACGAAAGAACCUGGCCCAGCUGGAGAAGAUGCUGGCUGCCUACGACUACCGCCAUGUCUGCGCGUGGAAGGAUCUCACAGGCAGCGUGACAGAGCCGUGCGUGGAUCGUUGCCGCCCAACAUUGGGCACCAUACGCACCAACGUUGAGCUCCAGUCCUGCCCAGAUGCCGACAGGCCACGAGGGGAACCAGGUGCCGCAUCCAGUAGCGGCAGCAAGCGCAAUGCUGCCGUCAGGCUGCUCCUGGACGAGAGCGAACUCCUGCCCAACCUCAAGCCCGUGGAGGGAACAGCACCGCGCUUCAGUACGUUACCGCUACGCGUCCCACACGAUUCCCUGCCAGCGGAUGUGUCGCGUCACGCCAUGGACUGCAUUGCAGCUGUGGAUGACCUGAUCGACAGAUUCGGUUCUUCCGAUGCCCUGAUCGAGGAGCUGCAGCUGGCCUACGCGUUCUUUCUGGUCGGCUACUCGGUGGAGUCGCUGGCCCACUGGCGCAAGCUGCUUGGCCUCCUGGCCCACUCGGAAGCGGCGGUGUCGAAGCACAAACUAACCUACAUGAAGUACAGCGAGGUUCUGGCACACCAGCUGCCCUACCUUCCGGAGGAACUGAUGGUGCCCAGCCCCCACAACAGCGUCUUUAAGGAUGUGCGAGAGCUUCUGGUGAAUCUGCACGAGGGCGGUCUGAGCGUCAGUGCGGAGCGUCUGAAGAAGCGGCUUGAGAAUAAGCUGGGUUGGUAUUUUGAGGGACUGCUCGACGAAGACCCCGAGGACCAACCAGUGAUCAUAGAACUCCCUGAAGCCCAGGAAUCUCCCAUUGGCAUCGCAGCGAGUGCUGGGUUCGCAGAUAAUUCCACAGAUCCCGGGCCGUGCGGAUGCUGACCAUGAACUGGCACAGCUUCGUCUCAAUCAGGCAGAGUAUGAUGAACUUGGCGCGCUUGUCCUUGAGCAGUGACUGCAACAGAGUUUCAGCACGCGAGGAAUAGGCUUCAAAUUGGGGCUUCCUCAAGCAACACUCACCUCCUCGUUGUUCUCGGGACCUUGGUCCACCACAGACCACAAAUCCUCCGACUCCAGAUAGGCCCGCACCGUCAUCGACCAGGCCUUAUAGUUGUCCAAACCUUUGAGCUUCUCGAUUUGCAGUUGCAGUGCCAUCUCCGAGACUCGAGCAACGUUUCACAACUAAAUCGCUGGCCUGGCCUGGCCGGGCUUGGGCUCUCUCUACCCGUGUCUUUUUCCCAUUUUCUGUAUAGAUUUUCAAAUAUAGAUAUCUAAGCAUUUGUAUUUCCAUUGUGCGCCGCAGUGCAUGCAAAACAAUGGCCACUAGACCCACAUUUGUUGUUGCUUCCGGGCCAAUGAAAGUGCUGGCCAAAUGACAUUGAGCUUAAGUGGACACUUGUGAUUUGACGCAGAGGCGUUGCGUCGUCAUCGUAGUCGUUAUUUUCUGAUUUUUCCGUUGUCCCACAGUUAGCUGGAUAAAAUUCAACCAUUCAUAGCAAAUUUUUCUACGCUGCACAGUGGGAAAAAAUUAACAAUCAACCAGGAAAACCGUUCUCUUUCAGUUGCGCUGAUUUAUUAAAUGUUUUUUAUUUUAAUGUUUGUUUGCUACACCUUUUUGUAAAAACCAAUUUAUGUUAUAUUAAAUAGUUUAGGAGCUAAGAAUUUUUAGAUUGGUAAUUCCACCCACUGUGCGCUGCCGCCAUCUUAUCAGCACGGUGCUGACAGUCUGAGGUGGCGCCAAAGGUGUACAAGAGUUCAGUGCGUCAUGACGUCACACAGAUAUGCCUAGGUCGAGCACAACAGUUCGAUUUAGCGUGACGUCACACAAAUCUUUCACCUCAAACAAUAUGUGGCGGCAUGCAGUCGAAUCUGUUGGUCGAUAGUGCAAUGUGGAAUGCAGUUUUUCCGUACAGUUUACGGAAAAUAAAAAGCAGUCGCCGAUUUUGUUAACCUUCAGCAGUGCCCAACGGAAGCAAUCAAAAUCAUAUAUUUGAAAACUUUCGGGGCUGAUAGAACCAAGUAUCUGUUCAUCAUAUCUCUCUCGCCUUGAUUGGACACCGCACCCUACUUCCGCUCCCCCUCCACCACGCCAGCAGAUAUCCAAAAUUCAAUUAAUAAUAAAUUGUGAUGCCCAGUGGUUGUUUUUUUUUAAUGAUUUUUAUUUGAAAUGAAUACGAAUGUCAGUUUAGCUGCUGGUUGUUUCUGUUGUUGUUGCUGUUCCGUUCAAGAAUUUUAGCUGUAGUUGUUCUUGUUGCUGCCUGGUUUAUGCUUAAUUAAGUUUUUGCACAGGAUUUUCUCUUUAGCGACUGCGAAAUAUUUGCUGUGUAGUCUACUUCCCGCUCGCUCCCAGACUUUCUGCGCGCCUCAUUUAUCAUAAAAUGAACUGUGAAAAAGCUCGUGCGAAAACAUUUCCUCUAGCUUUUGUUGGUAUUGGUAUUGCCAUUUGUUAAGCACGCAAAAACAACCUACAGAUAAUGCUGUUUUUUUUUGUUCUUUUCGUUUUUUGGCUAAAUAAAAUGAUAUUUCAUCUGUUUC